GAGGAUUUCUACCGCGAGGCCAUCGAGCACUGCCGCAGCUACAAUGCGCGGCUGUGCGCCGAACGCAGCAUGCGGCUGCCAUUCCUGGAUUCCCAGACUGGAGUCGCACAAAACAACUGUUACAUCUGGAUGGAGAAGACACACAGAGGCCCAGGAUUGGCCCCGGGACAGUUGUACACCUACCCAGCUCGAUGCUGGCGGAAGAAGAGACGCCUAAAUAUCCUGGAAGACCCAAGGCUAAGACCGUGUGAAAUUAAACUUGAUACUGAGGUGGCUCUGAAGAAGGAGGGUCUGCUGCCUGAGGGCCCGGCCUUGGAAGCCCUGCUGUGCGCGGAUGCGGCAGAGAAGAAGGCGGAGAUGAAAGACGAGGAGAGCAUCAGCGAAUGCCAGAGGAUUUUAGCGAGUGACUUCCCUCACGAGAUUGAGGCUGAUGACCUGGAGGAAGACACGCCAAAGCGGAAAAAUAAAACCAAAGGAAGGACCUGUGGCAUUGGAGGGAUGCGCAAGAGGCAAGAGCCGACAUCGUUGGAGGAUCGAGACAAGCCGUACGUCUGCGAUAUCUGUGGUAAACGGUACAAGAACAGACCAGGCCUGAGCUACCACUACACUCACACCCACCUGGCGGAGGAGGAGGGCGAGGAUGAGCUGGAGCGACACACUCUGCCCUUCCAUCGAAAGAACAACCACAAACCUAGGAAAGCUCCCGAUGGGACCAUCAUUCCGAACACCUAUUGCGAUUUCUGCCUGGGCGGGAUUUCUGGAAAUAAGAAGACCGGGUGUCCCGAGGAUCUAAUGUCCUGUGCAGAUUGUGGACGCUCAGGACCUUGCUGCUUAUAG